AUGGCUCGUAGAGUAGCUCUCAAACACAUUGCCUCUUGUGGGAGUACGUUUGAGCGUGUGCUCGUGGGAGUCUCGACACCACCCUUCUCCAUUGGCACCAAUGCUCUCGAGCGCGCCUCUGACUUGCUCGGUCACGUCAAGGCAGCAUACGCUGAAGCUGAGAUUGUUGUGCUCACAACGGCUGAUCUCCACCGUAACGUCAAUGCAGCGCUCAAGAGCAUCGAUCAGUUCGCCGAGGGGGCGAUCCAGCAUCAGACCAAGGUUCGUGAUCACACUGCGCUUCGGCUCGCCCAGAAGAAGUUCCUGCUCGAGGAGCUUGCCAUUGUCCUUGCAGGACCCAUGCUGCCGCUCCUCCCCACCGAUGCCUGGCAGGUUACCGAGCGCAGUGGACUCUUCCUUCAUCCAAUCAACGCAACCUGUGAUUCCAAGGCCGCGGCAGAGUUCUGGACAACGAUGGCGUCCAACUCGACGGUUGAGGCUGUUGUUCUCGCGGCAUUGCGCUCCCACAACGUGACCACCCCAUCCACCUUGCCUCGCACACCAUUCAUUGAUGUCGUUCUGCCGUGA